CUCGAGGUUGCAAAUCUGCGGCUGCGCUCAUGUUCGCCUAUUAUCACUUCCUCAAACGAGUCCUUUCGAUCUUCUAUCCUCCAAUCGCCCCCAAAAGCAACGAAGUUCUCCGCUUCGGUAUCCUGGGCGCUGCUGACAUUGCUCCAUCGGCAUUGGUAACCCCAGCAAAAUCCCACCCUGAAGUUAUCGUAGCAGCCGUUGCUGCUCGAGAGGAAAAGAAAGCUAAAGCAUUCGCAAAAAAGCAUGGAAUUCCAGCUGUACACCUAUGUUACGACGACCUCAUUGCAGACCCGACCAUCAAUUGCGUCUAUGUUCCCUUACCCAAUGGUCUCCAUUACGAGUGGGCCCUCAAGGCCCUCAAAGCUGGGAAACAUGUCCUCUUAGAAAAGCCAUCAGUAUCUAAUGCUGCCGAAGCAAAAUCCCUCUUCAGACAUCCCAUAUUGAGGGAUUCAGACGCCCUAGUUUUACUAGAAGCAUUCCACUACCGCUUCCACCCCGCUUGGCAAUUAUUUCUCACACUGUUCGAUUCUAAAGAAAUCGAGGAGGUCGAGGUGCAGAAUUACCUUGCGGCGGGUAUUUUCCCACUCGACGAUAUCCGGUUCAAUUAUUCGCUCUCUGGGGGGACGCUCAUGGAUUUCGGCUCAUACGCUAUUAGUGCCGUUCGCCAGAUCUUCGGUGCCGAACCUACAUUUGUGAGGUCUGCAAGCUACCGACCCAUGCCGGAAGGAUUCGAUCAGACAGUCGAUGAAGCCGUAUACGCUACGUACGAGUUUCCAAAUGGAGGAAUUGCGAGGAUAACGGCCGAUUUGCAGGCGAGAGGUGGAUAUUGGUUUCCUGCUUUAACGAAGAAUUGGCCGAGGCUCUAUGGAGCAUUACCCACGCUCUUCUUGAAGUUGAAACCGAUAGAAGAAGCCGUGGGAAAUGGGCUGGUGAAGGAGACGAGGAGGAAGAUUGUCUUUCAUUGUUAUAUGGGCCCUCAUUUCUACCAUCGGAUCGACAUUGGGACUACCACCAAAAUCAUUGACCCAAACAAGGGCAGGAAAAUCUUGAAGUCCGAGAAGAAGACGGAGUACAAGAAGGCGUAUAAUUGGUUGAAGAAUGAGGAGGGAAAGAAAGGUGAGCUAUGGUGGACUACGUAUAGAUAUCAGUUGGAAGAGUUUGUGAACCGGGUGAAGAAGAGACAGGGUUCUUGCGUUUGGUUCGAUUCUGAGGAAUCAAUUCGGCAGAUGGAAAUGAUUGAUGCCACAUAUGAGAAGAUGGGUUUGCCGCUGAGGCUAACCAGUAAGGAAUUAGAGGGGGGAAGUUAGGGGCAGGGGAAUCGAAUGGAGUUAAAACCCCUUCCGUACCUUAUCCUCUGUAUCUUCAGAGAGAUACAUCUGUCUUAGAUGUUGCGCGGAUAGUGAAUUUGAAUGAGGUGUAAAACAGGGAGGGGGGAAAUGUGGUGUUGCUUGUCAGGGUUUGAGACAUAGCCCAUGAUAUUGAUGCGAGACUAAGUUUUAAGGAACCUGGAAUGUAGUCAGGGUAAAGCAGGUACCCAAAAUUGACAAUAGCAAUAACAUAGUGUAUCCAUGAAAAGUUGGAACCUGGAGGCCCUGGCUCCUUCCGAUUUCUUCAAACUUUUCUUGGGAGGGU